UCAGAGAUAAUAAAAAAUUCGGUGGUUACUGAAAAUUUACCUGGAACAACUAUAGGUUUUGAAGUGACGAAUGAUACAAGUUUCUCAGUAUUAAGUGAGAAAGUAUGUGAAAACACUCUGAAAGCAAUAAAAGAUAUGGGUUUUACAAAUAUGACAGAAAUACAAGCAAAAGCUAUUCCUCCUCUUUUAGAAGGCAGAGAUUUAGUUGGUGCUGCCAAAACUGGAUCUGGCAAAACUUUAGCAUUUCUAAUUCCUGCUGUUGAAUUAAUUUAUAAAUUAAAGUUUAUGCCACGUAAUGGUGCUGGAUGUAUUAUUAUGUCCCCCACAAGAGAACUAUCUAUGCAAACUUUUGGAGUCUUGAAAGAAUUGAUGAAAUAUCAUUAUCACACGUAUGGUCUGCUGAUGGGCGGUGCCAAUAGGCAAAUUGAAGCGCAAAAGCUUGCAAAAGGAAUUAAUAUUAUCGUAGCAACACCAGGACGAUUAUUAGAUCAUUUGCAAAACACACCGGAUUUCUUAUACAAGAAUCUCCAGUGUUUGAUUAUCGAUGAAGCCGACCGUAUUCUGGAUAUUGGUUAUGAAGAAGAGUUGAAGCAAAUUAUUAACAUCCUUCCUAAACGUCGGCAGACUAUGCUCUUCAGUGCGACACAAACACAAAAAGUAGCGACGAUAACAACAUUGGCUUUAAAAAAGGAGCCUAUAUAUGUAGGAGUCGAUGACGAUAAGGAAAUGGCGACUGUAGAGGGCUUACAACAAGGCUACGUAGUAUGUCCAAGCGAAAAAAGAUUUUUACUUUUAUUCACAUCUAAAAAAAACAAGCAGAAAAAAAUAAUGGUUUUCUUCAGUUCUUGCAUGUCCGUUAAAUAUCAUCACGAACUCUUGAACUAUAUCGAUUUACCAGUUCUGAGUAUUCAUGGUAAACAAAAACAGGCGAAAAGAACUACGACAUUCUAUCAGUUUUGUAAUGCUUCUUCCGGAAUUUUACUUUGCACUGAUGUGGCCGCGAGAGGUUUAGAUAUACCGGAUGUUGAUUGGAUCGUGCAGUAUGAUCCACCGGAUGAUCCAAAGGAAUAUAUCCAUCGUGUAGGUCGGACUGCUCGCGGAGAAGGUAGCAGUGGUCAUGCUUUAUUGAUAUUGCGACCGGAAGAACUUGGUUUUCUUCGUUAUCUCAAGAUAGCUCGUGUCCCCGUGAAUGAAUACGAGUUUUCUUGGAAUAAAAUCUCCGAUAUACAAUUAAAGCUUGAAAAGUUGAUUUCGAAAAAUUACUUUUUACACCAAUCAGCGAAAGAAGCAUUUAAGAAUUAUGUCAGAGCAUAUGAUUCUCAUCAUCUGAAACAAGUCUUUGAUAUAGAGACCUUAGACCUAGCAAAAGUCGCUAAAUCAUUUGGAUUCACUGUACCGCCAGCAGUAGAUUUGAAAGUGGGAAUCAGUAAAGCUUCACGACCACGAAAAAGGCUUGGUGGAGGCGGUUAUGGACAUUUCAAAAACAUAAAUGAUCCAAAUUCAGCAAAACAAAUGAAGCGCACGAAGACGUUUCGUCAAGUAGGCAAAUGUAAACAAGACAAUCGGCAAUUUAGCAGAUAAUUAUUAAUCAUUUAUUAUUGUGUAGCUUGUAAUAUUAAAUUAGAAAUGUAUGCGAUGUUAAAAAACUGUAAUUCACUUAGUUGUUAUUUAAUUCCUAUCUAUUAUUGAAAAUAAAUAAGUGAGGUAGUUUUUUUAAUA